AUGCUUCGCGAGAAACCAUCGUUGGAUGCAGGCACGGUCUUCAAGAGGCGAGACGCGUUCACUGGCUCCUGGGAUGAUGGCCAAGCCCUGGUUCCAAUGGUGGAGGAUAGUGGGGCUGCCCUCGUUCGCGGCAAGGGGGAGCUCAUAGGCGUCAAGAAAGUCGCCGUCAUCAACGAGGACGGCCAAAGAGCUGAGCUCGAAGCCAAACACGCCGUAGCCAUCUGUACCGGUAGUGAGCCAAUUAUUCCAAACAUGCCAGGGCUGAAGGAGAGCAACCCGUGGGGCCCAAGACAGGCAACAUCUUCCAGCGAGGUACCGAAGCAUUUGCUAGUUCUGGGCGCCGGAGCAGUUGGCACGGAGAUGGCCACAGCUUAUGCUUCUCUGGGAGCCCAGGUGAGUCUGGUUACCAGAGGAGCAGAGCUGCUCCCGAGGAUCGAUCAGGAAGCUGGGAGACUCGUAAGAGAAGGGCUCGAAUCGCAAGGCGUCCGCGUCUAUGUGUCCACCACAGUGGAAUCGGUCACGCCGGAGGAGACUGAGGAUUGUCUGACAGUCCAGAUGUCAAAUGGCUGCACAAUCCCAGGCGUCACCAAGAUUCUGGCAGCAACAGGCAGAAGGGCCAAGACAAGCGGCAUUGGUCUCGAAAACUUCGGGAUAGAGACUGACGGGUCACCGAUCCCCGUGGGCGAGUCUCUCGAUGUGCCAUCAGUCCCUGGAGCCUGGCUUUAUGCCCUCGGGGACGUCAACGGCAGGGCACCGUUGUCUCACUCGUGCAAGUAUCACGGCAGAAUUGCCGCCAACGCCAUCAUUGCCCGGUCACAGCCCAACGAAAUCGCCAACCAAGGUUGGAAGAUUCCUUGGUCUAGAGUCUCCGCAACGAAUGACACUUUAGCACAGCCACAGGUCAUCUUCACGAGUCCUACAGUCGCGAGCGUGGGCCUGACCCGGAGCCAAGCCGAGACGGCAGGACUGGCCGACAAGAUUCGAGUCGUCACUGCUCCGGUGACCACCCUGGGAGCAAAGUUACACCAGGACGGGUACAAGGAUGGAUGGGCACAAUGGAUCGUCGAUAACGAGAGCAACAAGCUUCUUGGGGCGACUUUUGUUGGAGAUGGCGUGGCAGAACUACUGCAUGGCUCAACAGUGGCUAUCGUGGGCGGCCUAACCCUGGAUAGGCUUGCGCACGCUGUUCCUUCGUUCCCUACCAUGAGUGAGGUCUACCUCAAUCUACUGGAGGCUGCAGAAGGGCUGUGA